AUGGGGAGUCUCGCCAUGGAAGGCGGCGACCAUGACCAGCCACUUCAGGUGGUCAUGUUCCCAUCUCUAGGCUUCGGCCACAUCUUCCCUUUCAUACAUCUCUCCAACGCCCUUGCUGCUAAUGGCAUCAAGAUCACCUUCCUCACCCUUCCCUCCCUUGUCCCCAAGAUUCGCCUCGCCCUCGACCCUACCAUCCCCAUCCUCAAUUACAAACUUCCGGCCAUCGACGGCCUCCCAUCCGACGUCGACAGCACGGCCGGCUCCGGCCAGGUGCUGGCCGACCUACUGAGCCAGGCGCUCGACGCGACUCGGCCGCAGAUUGCUACCAUACUUGGCAAGCUCGCCCCUCAAGUCGUCGUCUUCGACUCCAUCCAAGGCUGGGUGCCGGAGGUGGCGGAGUCGCUGGGCAUCAAGUCCGUCUACUUUUGUGUCUUCACUGCCAUCACCGCUGCCAGCACCAUCCUCUUCGGCCUGACACCUCACCAGAGGCCGUCGCUGAGCCGGCUGCGGCUGCCGCCGAGACCGCUGCUCUCGUCGUACCUGAGCAUGAAACCUUAUGAAGUACGUGGCAUGCUCUCCAACACCAACGGCUCCGGUCCAGCGCCUUCGAACUUCAGCCGCCUGGUCUCCUGCAUGGCUCGCUGCGAUGCCAUUGCUCUGAAGAGCGUCUACGAGAUGGAGGCGUCUGUCAUUAAGUACCUGUCUACUCGGUGCAGGAAGCCGGUCCUCCCAACCGGCGUCCUUCUGCCGAAGGCCCCGGCCGGAGAUAUCGAGCCGAAGCUCACCCAGUGGCUGAACAAGUUUCCAAAGGGCACAGUUGUUUUCUGCUCAUUCGGAAGCGAGUCGUAUCUGUCGGGGAAGCAGAUGAAGGAGCUGGUCGUGGGCCUCGAGUUGAGCGGGUUCCCGUUUCUGGCUGUGCUGAACACUCCCGCCGACGUGCCGAAGGGGAAGAGACAAGAGUUGGAGGCCGAGAUAUUUGGGGAGAAGGCAGAAGGAAGGGGGAUCGUGCGCAGCGGGUGGGUAAACCAGCAGCUCAUCUUGAGGCAUCCAGCCGUGGGCUGCUACGUCAAUCAUGCUGGCUACAGCUCUAUAAUGGAGGCGGUGGAGGGCGGGUGCCAGUUGGUGAUGGCACCGCUGAAAGGAGACCAGUACAUGAACAUGAAGCUGAUGGUCGUGGAGCUCAGGGCAGCAGUGAAUAUCAACAGGAGAGCUUGGGAUGGGUGGUUCACCAGAGAGGCCGUAGGGAAAGCUGUGAGGACUGUAAUGGUGGAGGGGUCGAAGAAGGGGAAGGUGGUGAGAGCCAACAACGCCAAGUUGAGGGAGAUCCUUCUGCAGGAGGGGUUGCAGGAAGACUAUACCAAGGGCUUCAUAACCAAGCUCAAGGAGUUGGUGGCUUCGCCAUGA